AUUUAGUAGUGCAAAAUAACCUUCAUAUAAAUAAUAUUCUAAUGACAAGGGUAACAAAAAUUCACUGAAUUUCUCUUGCAAAUUGUAUUAAAAUGUCACAAUCUCAAGACUUACCAGCAAAAUAUAAUGCUGCUUCCGACUUAGGAUUUGCAGAGCCUAAUGCUAGAGUUAAACAACUCGCCAAUUAUGGAAAUACUGUCGAUAUUGAUCCUAAUGUUCCAAUUAGACGUUAUUAUCGGUCAGGAUUAGAAAUGGUUCGAAUGGGUAAUGUUUAUGAACAAGAAGGAAGCUUUGAAAAUGCCUACAUAUUGUAUAUGAAAUUCAUGACAUUAUUCAUUGAAAAAAUUCGUAAACAUCCUGAGUUUUCAACAGUUACUGCAGAAUCAAAAGCAACCAUUCAAGAAAAAUUGCACAAAGUGAUGCCUAAAGCAGAAAAACUUAAGAAAAUUUUAUUAGAACAUUACACAAAAGAACAUAAUAAAUAUCUGGAAGAACAAGCAAAAUUACAAGCAACACUUAAGAAAAGAGAAGAAAAUACUGAUUCUACUAUUAAAAAUAAAUUAAAAUCUGAUGCAUCUCAAGAAGCAUAUAAUUUUAAUUCAGUUAUUGGACCAGAUAAAUUAAUUGGUUUGGAUAGUAUUGUUUAUCCUGAUGAUUUUCCAAAUGAUCAAAAAAGACCAAAUUUGCCAGAUGGUUUAGUCUUGCAAGAUACUGUGAAACCUAAACCACCAGGGCCUAGCAUAGACCGAAGUGUUAAACCAAUAGAUAAUAGUGGAUUGUUAGGGGGUACAUUAAGAUCAGUUCUGAUACCCUCAGGUUUAAUGGAUAAGUUUUUAGCACUAGCACGAAUUAAUACCGAUAAAAACAUUGAGACGUGUGGAAUUCUGGCAGGACAACUUUCUCGAAAUAAGUUUGCAAUAUCUCAUGUUAUUCUUCCAAAACAAUGUGGAACAAGUGAUUCAUGCACAACUAUGAAUGAAGAAGAAAUUUUUGAUUUUCAAGAUCAACAUGGGCUUAUAACAUUAGGAUGGAUUCAUACACAUCCUAGCCAAACGGCCUUUUUAUCUUCGGUCGAUUUACAUACACACUGCUCCUAUCAAACUAUGAUGCCAGAAGCAAUAGCUAUAGUUUGUGCCCCAAAAUACCAAGAAACUGGAUGCUUUUGUCUGACACCACAAUAUGGCUUAGAGUUUAUACAAAAAUGCAGACUGCAAGGUUUUCAUCCACAUCCAAAUGAACCUCCUCUAUUUAUGACUGCUCCCCAUGUGCAAUACGAUAAACAAGCCCCUGUUCAAAUUAUGGAUUUAAGGUGAAUAUGAUUGCAUUAAACAAUUGGGAAUAGGAUAAAAAUGCUUAAUAGAGAAUAUAAGUUUUGCUAUAUGAUGAGAUAGGAAAAUUAGAAAUUAUUAUGUUCACUAUGCCUCUUAAAAAUAUAUUGAAUAGAAUGU